AUGAGCGGUUUCUUUGAGCAGCAGCAAGUGCUGCAGCAAGAAGCAAGAGAGAUAGAAGGCUUGUUGGAUGUUGCUGCUGCUGCAGUGCAGCAAUUGCAGCAGCAACAGGAAGCAGCAGCAGCACUAAUUCGUGAGGAAGAAGCGGCGGAGAAGGAGAGGCAGCAGCAGCAGCCUAAGCAAAGAAAGGCGCUUUGUACUACCACCACCACCACCAGCAGCAGCAGCAACAGCAGCAGCAGCAGCUGGGGGGAGGAGCAGCAGCUAAGAGUUGAGGUAGCAGCAGCAGCAGCAGAUAACCAAUCACCACCGCGGCAAACUGCUGCUGUCUUUGCUGCGCUGCUGCCUUCUAUUACUUCAGCAGAGAAUCUGCUGCAGCACAUGCAGACCAUAGCAGCAAAAGCGCAGCAGCAACAGCAGCAGUUGCUGCAGUCCUACUUCGCUUCUACCCAACAGGAGCAGCAGCAGCAGCAGCAGCAAAACAGCAGCAGCAGCAGGAGUGCGUCUCCAGUAGCUCAAGAGGCACCGGCAGAUAGCACUGGGGCGGAGGGAUCUGCAGAAAGCCCAGCAGCAGCAAGAGCAGCAGCAGCCGCAGCUGCAGCAGCGGCAGCAGCAGCAGCUGCUGCUGCACCAGGAAGCAGCAAACUCCGCUAUUUUGUGCUGCCAGCAGCAGUAGAUCUUGUAGGGGAGUUGCAGCUACCAGAGAUAAGACUGCAGCAGCAGCUGUUUGCUACUGCGGGGGCCUCUGAUGCUCCUGCUGCUGUUGCUGCUCUGCAUGCAUCAGCAGCCGCAGCAGCAGCAGCAGCUGCUGCAGAUGCCCCUGCUUCUCCAGGUCCUCCUGCGGGUGCUGCAGUAGCUCAGCAACCAACAGAACCCCAACACAGUGCAGAGCCCACCGCUGCAGCAACAGCAGCAGCACCUGCUGCUGCACCUUCAGCAGCAGCAGCAGGCCUCUGCAGCAGCUUCCAACGGCUGCUGGCUGCUCCUGAAGUAGCAGCAGCUGCAUCGCGUGCUGCUGCUGCUGCUGCUGCUGCAGACAGUGGACUGCAGCAGAUAUCUAAUCCGUUACUUGAACAACAUCUGCAGCAGCAACAGCAUCAACUUCAGCAGCAACGAAUGCAACAGGAGCAAGAACAGCAGCAGCAGGAGCAGCAGCAGCAACAGCAGCAGCAGCAACAGCAACAGUUCGAGGCACACCCCCCGGUUGCUGUCCCAAGACUGCGGCUUAGCGAAUUGGGGCGCAUGCCAGCAACAGAGCAGCAGCAGCAACAGGCAGAGGGGCUGCAUGAGCGGCAGCAGCAGCAGCAACGGCAGCAUGAGCAGCGGCAGCAGUUGCAGUUGCAGCUGCAACAACAGCUGCAACAACAACAGCAGCAGCAGCAGCAGCAGCUGCAACAAGACCAGCAGCGUCAACAGGAGCAAGGUAUAAUGUGCAUGCAGGAUGGAAGUCUUGAGCAGCAGCAGCAGGAGCAGCAACUACAAAGGCAGCAACAGCAGCUGCAGAUUGGCCAACAACAGUUGCAGCAGCUGCAGCAGCAGCAGCAGCAACAACAGCAGCAGCAGCAACCGGUGGAUUUUGCUGCUGCCAGCAACUCGAACACUCCCUUCCAGACUCCUGCUGCUUCGCCUCUGCAGUCCCCUCGCUGUGUAGUCAGCACAGGCAACGGCUGCAGCAGCAGCAACAGCAGCAGCAGCAGCAGCAGCAACCCCUUCGUGGCUUGCUUCCGCAUGCGCAGCAAGUCGCGUUCACAGAGGACAUCAGCAAUGAAGAGUCCACGUGUACGUACACCCCGUGACUUUGGUGCUGCUCCUGCAGCAGCAGCCGCAGUAGCAGGAGCAGCAAGCAGCAGUUGUAGAAACAACACCCUUGACAGCCGCAGCAGCAGCAACAGCAGCAACAGCAGCAGCAGCAGCAGCAGCAGCAGCAGCGAAAGUAGCCCUGAAGGAAUUGUUAACUCUCAGCCUAUACCUAAUGAAGAUGAUGAUUGUCUCUAG